CCUUUGCGACGGUAUGGUAAUUUAACAAAUAUCAAAAUUAAUUAUAAAUGUUUAAUCUUAAGCAGGAAUGAAAUGAGCUUUUAUUAUUCCUGUUUUGUAGAAGUUUCAGUUUUUAGAGCAGGAAAAUAGUGACAUUACAAGCUCACAAAUGAACACUUAGCAAUGGGAAUCUCAUAGUAAUGUAAUAAAUGCCAAUGUGCAUAACAUCUUUACGUACAGGUGCAUCUUAACAAUAUAUCUUAAAAAACAAUUUUUUCAGUAGUUCAACUUAGAAACUGAAAUCCCUAAAUUUAAAGAUUUAGUACAUCCAUCCAUCCAUUUUCUGAGCCGCUUCUCCUCACUAGGGUCGCGGGCGUGCUGGAGCCUAUCCCAUCUGUCAGCGGGCAGGAGGCGGGGUACACCCUGAACUGGUUGCCAGCCAAUCGCAGGGCACGUACAAACAAACAACCAUUCGCACUCAGUCAUGCCUACGGGCAAUUUAGAGUCUCCAAUUAACGCAUGUUUUUGGGAUGUGGGAGGAAACCCACGCAGGCCCGGGGAGAACAUGCAAACUCCACACAGGUGGGGCCGGGGGUUGAACCCUGGUCCUCAGAACUGUGAGGCUGACGCUCUAACCAGUCGUCCACCGUGCCGCCAGAUUUAGUACAUACUAACUAAAAAGAUUUCAUGAUUUUGUAUUGUGAUUGUUAUAGGGAUUUUUUUUAUUUAUUUAUUUUUUAUUGAACAGGUCGGGCUUGGGUGUGGUCAGUGAAUAUCAACUCAGCUAAGAUAAUUGACGAUUUAACAAGGGAGGCAGUUACUUUUCAACACAGCACCUUAAUAAAUCAUUUAUAAACGCCGUUUUGUGUUAACUUGUGUUACCUUUGACAAAUAUUUACAUUUGUUUGAUGAUCUUAAAGUGGAGAAGUGAUGCGAACAAAUUUUGAGAAUGGUGGCAAAUAUUUUUUUCACGGCAGUGUAUAAAUACAUGUAAGAUGUUUGAUUCAAGUCAAAGCUCUGAAGCUGGUUCUCAUUGAGUAAGUGUACCUAAAGUCUUGUCUGGUGGAAAUUCUGCAUGUCCGCACAUUGUACAGCCGGGGGCGCUAUUGGGUCUGUUUGUUAGCGCGGUUGCCGGGUUACCGAGCCACAGAAGUGCCUCUUCGGCUGCGUUUGUUUGUUUGUUUUUUUCUUUUUCUUUUUAUGCUCUUAUAGACUAAAUUCCCAGUGGAAAAUGUCCGAAACGGAGUCUGAGUGCAAAACUGUGAAGGCCAAGGGUGUUUUCUCCACUUCAAUGGCAGAAGGCGACUGGUUGCUGCUCAGGGGCCAGUGUGAGAAGGCGGCGGAGAGUUAUAGCACGGCUCUGACACUAAAACCAAAGGACAAGUACUGCUUUGUGGGCCGCUCUAAGUGCUACCUAAGGAUGGGUCAGUACGAAAAAGCCCUGAGGGACGCCGAAGCUUCACUUCAAGAAGACGAGUCCUUUUUUAAAGGGUUGUACCAGAAGGCCGAGGCUUUGUAUUGCAUGGGGGAGUUUGAAUUCGCGCUUGUGUUUUACCACCGGGGACUGAAGCUGCGUCCACAAGUUCAAGACUUCCAGCUGGGCAUCCAGAAAGCGCAGGAGGCCAUCGAGAACGUCAUCACAGGACCAACUACCAACAACUACCUAACAACCCCUGAUUAUGAGGACUGUCUCAAUACUUUUGUCCAUAUGAUCAUCCAUAUGUGUUCCCACUCAGUCCCUGCUGCCGUCAGACAGAGGCAUAAAGGAGACACUUUGCAAAAAGAUGAGCAGCAGAUGACAACAUACAAGAAGCCUCAAGCCUCCGAGACAGAGAAGAAGUCCAAGAAAUUUCUGGGGGAGUUUUACGAGGAUAGGAAAUAUCUAGAGAACCUUUUGAAGGAUGAAGCCUUGGUGAAAAGCAGGACGAGAAACGGUGAGCAACUGCAGGACCUCAUCCAGGGCUGCCUUACGUACUUGGACUACUGCGCUGACUUCUGGAACCAGCAGAAGCCCCCGCGUCCUCCACCCAAAGACCCUCGACGGCAGCGAAGCAAGCGGGGCAAGGCGCCCGCCCGUGCCCCCUCGGAACCUGCACACUUUUUACUAAAGAGCCUGGAGGACAUUGACGCAGAUUUGGCGUCAGGAAAGAGCAACAGCAGUUCGAAGAAGGCUCAGGGGGUUCUGCAAAUGGUGCAGGGAUGGUCGGAGAAGGACGUGCCGGAUGAGAAGCACGAUUUGGGAAGCACGCACAGCUUCACUGGGAACGCUUUGGUGGACCUCGGGGAGAUGGACAAAGCGAGGGAGUACCACCUCAAGGACUUGGACUUGGCUGAAAAAUGAGUUGGGAGCAGUAGGUGGCGAGAAGAUAUCCAGUGAUGCGCCCCCCCACACCCCACAUCAGUCUGUCGCUGACCGCCGGGUUCCUGCGGUCACAAAGGGACACAAAGGGACGCCAUCGUUGCAAUCGCUGCAAUAUCCGAGCAACGCUGAAUAAUGACCGCAGUGAUGCGCAAUGUAUAGUAAAUGUACAGCGGCCGAGACCGAUCACAAUGGAAAUGCAAACGCCACAACACAUUAAAACUGGCCGGAUCUGGUUGCACUGGUUUGCACAAUCUCUCGAGUUUUAUUUGAAGAGUCUAGACGUGCAAAGUCCCUAAACUUACUCUAGAUGAGUAUGUGAAUCUCUUCUCUAUCUUGUGAAUGUUUUUCUUACUCGCCACAAUAAUUUCAGAAUACAGCUGUUAAGAUACUGUCAUGUGCAAUGUAACUGCCAAGGGUUCAAUACACACUGUGUUGUAAUUUCAAAGUGUGUAAUUUCUUUGUUAAUGAGCCAUUACUGAUUAAAGGCUGUUUUGCAGUU